AACAUCAAUUGCUCACUCACAGUCGCCUUUGUGAUGGACGGGCAACCCUAAUAAAUCUGUGCGACACGCCGGAGCCGUCCAUAAAUUUGACUUCUGCUAAAAUCUGGCUUCCGACAGAACAAAAGUCUGUCGCUAUAAUCCUUAAAAAUGCAAGAGACAUAGGCAGUCAUACGAAAUGCCCAGCUUUCACUCAGAGCCGGCCACUUAACAUGGCUUCCCAAAAAAACAGUCACAAAGUCUUCACUCCGGCCAACUUAACUUUGUUGACUCGCCAAAAUUUGGCUUCCGACAAAACAAAAGCUGCCGCAGUCACCUUGACG